AUGGACUGGUCUGCAUUUACCAAGGGGUACUUCUUGAACAGAGAUACCUUGGUUGGUGCCCUGCUCCUUAUUGAUGCAAGUAUUCCACCUCAGAAAAUCGACCUUGACUGUGCUAACUGGCUUGGUCGUAACAACAUAAGGCAGCAUAUUCUCCAGCUGACUAUUGGAUUGACCUUUGUGUUCACAAAGUGCGACAAAGUAAAGAAAGGUAUAGGGGGGCGGCCUGAUGAGAACAUCAAGGAGUUCCAGGACACAAUCAGUGGGCUGUAUCCAGAGCCACCACCAUGGGUCAUGACGAGCAGCGUUACCGGAUUAGGCCGCGACAGGCUGCACCACCAUAUGUCGCAGCUGAGGAACUACUGGGACAACGAAUCAGUCUAG